UGAGCUCUGCAUGUCCAGAAAUGAGAAUACAAGCCUACUGGUGCUUUCGUCUGGGAGGAGUGAUAAUGUGGCCCCCUCCCCCCUCUCUCUCUGUCUCCCUCUGUUCCUGGGACAGCCUCCACGUGUCUGCGCAGUCGGGCUGCAGUCCCUGCCCCCCAGGGCAGUUCUGUGACGUGGAGGGGCUGGUCCAGCCUUCAGGACUGUGUAGAGAGGGCUUCUACUGCCCCAGAGGGGCUAUCUCACCCACCGGAUCUGGAGGAGGAGGCCGGCCUUGCCCUGCUGCCCACUACUGCCCCGCAGGCAGUGCCCAGCCCCUGCCCUGCUCGGCGGGCACCUACGCCAACCUGACCGGCCGGGCCCGGUGUUCCCGCUGCAGGGCGGGGUACUUCUGCCCAGAGAGGACCAGCACGUACAGCUCCUUCCCCUGCCCCCCCGGCUUCUACUGCCCCGAUGGCACCAGGUAUGCCACUGAGUUUCCCUGCCCCAGGGGCUACUACAACCCAGAGCCCAUGACCCAGAGCGUGGACAGCUGCCUGCCCUGCCCUCCUGGCCAUUACUGUGAGAAGGAGAGGCUCACUGCUGUGUCAGGAAAAUGCAAAGCUGGUUGGUUCUGUGUGUCUGCUGCUUGGAACUCCCAGCCCUUCGACUUGGACAACUACACUAAUGCCAACUGCCUGUGCCCAGCCACCUCCACGGGAGGAAAGUGCCAGGAAGGGUACUACUGUCCCGAGGGGAGCUCUGAACCCCUGCUCUGCCCUCCUGGCUCCUUCUGCAACACGUCAGGGCUGUCUGAGCCCACGGGGCUGUGCUUUCCUGGCUACUACUGCACUGGAGGAGCCACUCAUCCCAAACCGACAGAUGGACUCACAGGCAACAUCUGCCCACCUGGAACGUACUGUGGCGUCGGCGCGGGGGAGCCUGCGCUGUGCCCUCCAGGAACUUUCUCCAGCGUGGCCGGCCUGCCCGGGGAGAGGAACUGCCAGCUGUGCCAAGAGGGCUUCUACUGCGAGGAGGCAGGCCUGGAGGCUCCUAGUGGCCCUUGCACUGAGGGGUACUGGUGUCCCCCUGGACAAACAGCGAGGACAGCUCUGCCCUGUCCCACAGGCCAUUACUGUCCAGAGGGCAGUCCUGCUCCUGUUGUCUGCCCCUCUGGUCACUACCAGCCCCUGGAGAAGCAGGCCACAUGUGAACCCUGUGAACCAGGUUAUUACUGUGAUGGGAGAGAUGCCCUCUUGAAUGCCUCCAAUCCCUCCCCCUGCCCAAAGGGACACUACUGUCCCCAGGGAACACGCUCCUCCACCCAGUACGCCUGUCCAGUGGGCACCUUCAACCCCAGAGAGCUCCUGGAGGAUGUGCGCGGGUGUCUCAAGUGUAAGCCUGGAAAGUUCUGCUCAUUUACAGGACUGUCAGCGCCCUCAGGAGACUGCCACGCGGGGUUCUGGUGCAAAGCAGGGGCCCAGACAGCCGUCCCCAUCGAUGGCCAGUCGGGCAUGCCUUGUCCUCCUGGACAUUACUGUCCCGCAGGAGCACCGUCUCCUGUCCCCUGUCCGCUUGGCUCCUGGUCUAACAGCACUGGUCUUAAAAGCCGGGAGGAAUGUCAGGGCUGCCCAGGAGGCUCCUACUGUGCCUCAGCUGGGCUCACUGCCCCCACUGCGCCAUGCUCUGCAGGGUUUUACUGUGCUCAGGGAGCCACUCUGCCCUCCCCUACGGAUGGCACCACUGGGGGACUCUGCCCAGAGAAGCACCACUGUCCCAAGGGCUCGGCUGAGCCCGUGCCGUGUCAGCAGGGGACCUACAUGACAGCGACACAGGCGACUGAGUGCUGGCCGUGUCCUUCUGGCAGCUACUGCGUGACAGGCGGAGAACCGCUUAUGUGUCCUCCAGGGUUUUACUGUCCAGAGAGAAGUGGGCAUAACUGGCGGCCCUGCCCAGUGGGCACAUACAGCCCAGAUGCAGGCCUGGCGCAGGUGUCCCAAUGCAGGGAGUGCGACGGGGGAAAAUACUGCGCUUUGAGCAACGCCACCGUUGUCACUGGAGACUGCUGGGAAGGGUAUUACUGUCUCCGCGGCAAUGUCUCCCCUCAGCCACACGGCCUUGCCAUGGGAGAAGGUGGACCGUGUCCAGCUGGUCACUACUGUCCCCGAGGUACAGCAGAGCCCCAGCCAUGCCCCGCGGGCACCUUCAGUCAAAUGACCAGACAAAUCUCACAGGAGAACUGUAUGCUGUGCCCUCCUGGUCAUUACUGCGGUGCUCCUGGUCUCACCUCGCCAACGGGGGAAUGCUGGGAAGGAUUCUACUGUUACCAGGGGGCGGUGCUCCCCAACAAUCCAAUCAGAGACGAGAAGGGCGGGCCCUGUCCACCAGGGUAUUUUUGCCCCAGAGGCAGUGCUGCUCCUCAGCCUUGUCCCGAGGGGACCAGCAGCACACUGGAAGGCCAGGCCAGCUGCAGCCCCUGUGCUGAAGGGUUCUUCUGCCCUGGCAACACGUCCUCCUACGCCGGUCAUGAAUGUGCUCCAGGGCACUACUGCCCGGCAGGAACCAGCUCCCAGAACCAGUACCCCUGUCCACCUGGCACACACAACCUGCUGACUCAGAGACGCAGUCUGCAGGACUGUCUGCCCUGCCCACCAGGUUUAUUCUGUGCCUCCUCAGGCCUGAGAGAGGCCAGUGGCCCGUGUGCCGCAGGGCACUACUGCCAGGCUGGGGCAGUGACCCCCUUUCCUCAGGAUGGCCUGACAGGUGAUAUCUGCCCCAGAGGUCACUACUGCCCCCAGGGGUCUGGGGUCCCACAGGCUUGUCCAGCUGGUCACUACAGCAACACCACCAGGAACGCAGCUCUCUCUCUCUGCCUGCUGUGCCCUGCAGGAUUCUCCUGUGAGGCCUCAGGACUGUCUGCCCCGUCUCAGCCCUGCAGGGAAGGUUAUUACUGUCCCCCUGGACAGCUGUCCAGCAGCCCCGUCUCCUUCACAUGCUCGGCUGGACACAUGUGCCCCCAGGGCAGUGCCUCCCAGACUCCCUGUCCCCCAGGAACCUACCAGGACCAUCCUGGGCAGGCAAUGUGCAAUCUCUGUCCUGCCGGCUUUUACUGCGCGGGCGCCCUGCACCCCGAGACUGGGGUCCUCAGUGGGGUGCUGUCUCCAGUUCCCUGCCCCAAAGGACACUACUGUCCAGCAGGUGUGGCAGCUGGUGUGGAGUUCCCCUGCCCAGCCGGCACUUUCAGUGGCCAGACCGGCCUCGCCCGUGCCAGCGAGUGCGUGCCCUGCCCACGGGGGAAAUACUGCAGUUCAGCUGGUCUGGCUGCACCUACGGGAGACUGUAUGCCUGGGUUCCUCUGCUCUCAGGGCUCGCUCUCCGCACAGCCCACUGGGGGUGCCGGCGGGGGAAAGUGCCCUCCGGGGUCCUACUGCCUGCUGGGCACAGCUCACACGGUGCCCUGUCCUGCAGGAACGUUCAGUGAGUCAGAAGGUGGCGCUUCUGCAGCAUCCUGCCUCCCUUGCCCUCCAGGGCAGUACUGUCAGAGCCCCGGCCUGGAUGCUCCGUCCGGACCCUGCAGGGCCGGGCACUACUGCACGCUGGGGGCCAUGUCCCCCACCCCUCAGCACAACGCCACAGGGCACGCUGCAACAUCUCUGCUCAGCUCCUAUCAGACCACUGGUGGGGUUUGCCCUGCGGGGCACUUCUGCCCCUCUGGGAGCUCUCUGCCAACUCCCUGUCCCCCAGGCACCUUUUUGGAGAAGAAUGGUGCCAAGUCAGAGGUAGAAUGCCAGCCCUGCUAUGCUGGCUACCACUGCCCUGAUUGGGGUCAGAGGUCACCCAGUAGCCUCUGUCCUGCAGGCUGGUUCUGCCCAGAGGGGUCGGUGUCUGGACAGCAGGCAGGUCAUCAGUGCCCACCUGGUCAUAUGUGCCAACCUGGAAGUGCUGAGCCCGUGGCCUGUCCAUCAGGCACCUACCAGCCCCUACCAGGCCACUCUGCCUGUGAACCCUGUCCCUCAGGUUUUUAUUGCCCAGAGAGUUCCUCCUCUCCUGCCCCAUGCCCUCUGGGGAGGCUGGGCGAGACAGGGGGUCUGCGAUCGGCACAGGACUGUUCCCCGUGUCCCCCUGGCUUCUACUGCAGCACCAGCGCACUGACUCGGCCCACCGGGCCCUGUGUUUCAGGUCACUACUGCUCUCUGGGAGCAGAGGAGCCUGCCCCUGUGCUGAAGGAGUUUGGAGACAUUUGCCCCCAGGGGCAUUACUGUCCAGAGAGUAGCAGCUAUCCUCUGCCCUGCCCAGCGGGUACUUACCAGCCUGACACUGGCGCCAGGGCACACAGGCACUGUCUGCCCUGCCCCCCCGGGAGAUACUGUGACUCACAGGGCUCCAGUCAGAUCUCUGGUGUCUGCUCCCCUGGUCAUUACUGUACAGGGGGCACUGCCACUCCUGCCCCACAAAGGGGUCCCACUGAGCUCAUGUGUUCCAUGGAUGUCAUGUUCAAAGCUACCUUUGCUGAGCUGGUCUUCUGCAGCACUGUCUGCAAGUGCACCAUUUCCUCUAAGCUGCCAGACGGUCCCUGCGCAGACAAGAUCAGGGAUGGGGGUUCACCUGACUGGUUGAAAAACAGUUUCCAGGUCAAUACCUCAGGCCAGACCAUGCCUAACACUUUGAGAACACCGCAGAACACAACUAAGCACUGCACUAAUUUCACGGGAGACAUCUGUCCCAAAGGUUUCUACUGUCCAGAGGGCUCCCCCACCCCCGUGCCCUGCGACCUGGGCUGGUUCUGUGAUCGGAGCGGCCUCUCUGCUCCAGCUGGGCCUUGCUCAGCGGGAUUCUACUGCCCCAGAGGAGCGUCAGUGCCCCAUCCCACUUCCUGCCCCCCAGGACAUUACUGCCCCCAGGGCGCCCCAAACCCCUUGCCCUGCCAGCCCGGGACACUGAGACCUGUUUCUGGUGGAGCUACGCCAGCAGACUGCCACCCCUGCCCAGCUGGGCAUUACUGUGGGCAGAGUGGACUGGCAUUCCCAAGCGGCCCAUGUGCCCCUGGGUACUACUGUCCAGGUGGGCAAGUCACUGCCAGGCCGGUGACGCACACCUGCACACCUGGUCACUUCUGCCCGGAGGGCAGCCCCGGGGAGAGGAGCUGUGCUCCAGGCACCUACGAGCCCAGCCAGGCUCAGCAGGAGUGUAAAGUCUGCCCCGCUGGCUUCUACUGCCCGAGCGAGGGAGUGAUCCAGCCAACACCUUGCCCAGUGGGCUUCUAUUGUCUCGCUGGAGCGACGGCAGCCAAUCAGCAUCCCUGCUCUCCGGGUAGCUAUGGAAACCGCUCUGGAUUGGCCGAGGCUGGGCAGUGCAGGCCCUGUGAGGCGGGGAUGUACUGUAAAGGGACAGGGAACAGCGGGCCCACAGGCCUGUGCAGCGCUGGCUUCUACUGCCCCGGGGGGUCCUCCCUGCCUACCCCUUCUGACGGAGUGACCGGGGGCCGGUGUCCACCAGGCUCCUACUGUCCUGCAGGCACGGGCAUGCCACAGCCCUGUCCCAGGGGCACGUUCAGCGAGAAGUCUGGGCUGACGGACCCGUCGCAGUGCCAGGUCUGCAAGCCGGGGUACUUCUGCUCCGAGCCGGGCCAGACAGCAGUGACGGGCCCCUGCCUGCCAGGUUUCUACUGCCUCGAAGGGUCUCCAAGUUCUGCUCCUACCUCGGAAGCAUUUGGGGGCAUCUGCAGCCCUGGGCACUUCUGUGAGGGGGGCAGUGGCGUCCCCUCCCCCUGUCCAGAGGGCACACAUCGCCGAGAGGGUGGGGGGAGAACCAGGGCUGACUGCACUCCCUGCCCUGCAGGCUGGUACCAGGCUCUGAGCGGCCAGCCGGAAUGUGAAUCCUGUCCUCCCGGAUUCUACUGCAGCCCUGCUGUCCUGGAGCCUCGGGGCGCGGUUGUCCCCCUGCCCUGCCCUUCUGGGCACUUUUGCCCCAGAGGGACGCCAUUUGGCACCAGGAACCCCUGCCCAGAGGGCACAUACAGCAGGAUCCUGGGCCUGACCUCUUCAGCUCAGUGCUCUCAGUGUCCGGAGGGGCGGUUCUGUGGAUCGGAAGGCCUUGCAGAGCCCACCGGAACCUGCUCGCCCGGGUUUCUCUGCAUUGCUGGGGCCCGGCUGCCCAACCCCAGAGACAACGUCACGGGCAUGGCCUGUCCCCGAGGGCACUACUGCCAGCACGGGCUUGUGUCAGGCAGCUGCUCGGCUGGGUUCCUCUGUGACUGGGGCUCCAGCAGCCCGGAACAGCGACCCUGUCCUGCUGGGUUUUACUGCCCCAGAAGGACACAGAACGCCAUCCCCUGUGCUGCUGGGACUUUCAGCCCUGUGACUGGGAACAACCAGCGCUCAGACUGCACACUGUGCCCCACUGGGCAGUAUUGCCAGGAAGGUGGGGUGGUGCAGCCAGCCAUCUGUCCUCGAGGGUAUUACUGCCCCCCUGGGACAGGAGUGGGCACUGAAUACCCCUGCCCCCGGGGCACCAUCGGACCUCAGAGUGGAGCCACCUCUGUGUUGGAUUGCCAGCUCUGCCCGGCAGGCAUGUACUGCGCUUUCCAUGGCCUCUUCCAGGCAACAGGGCCCUGCCAGGCUGGUUACUACUGCCCCCCGGGAUCCAGCAGCCCCAACUCCACGGAGUAUAUGGUGAAGGCGGACGGCGCCUCGGCCAGAAAGAACCUGUGUCCUGCGGGUCAUUUCUGCCCGGCUGGCACGGGCUACCCCCUGCCUUGCCCCCCGGGCUCCUACUCCAGCUUCCUGGGACUGAGCCGGGCGGAGCAGUGCCAGCCCUGCCCCCCGGGGCGCUUCUGUGACCGGCCUGCCCUGACACACCCGGAGGAGGCGCCGCCCUGCGACUCGGGGUAUGUGUGUCUUGGGGGCAGUGUCAGUGCCCGCCCUACUGAUGGCCUCCAUGGUAACCUGUGCGCCAGUGGGUUUCACUGCCCCAUGGGGACAGGUGCGGCCCUCCCCUGUGAGCCUGGCACCUACGGUCCCAUGCCAGGAGCUGCAGCAUGCCUACCCUGCCCUCCUGGCACCAUGUGCAAUUCCACCAGCACAGAGCAGCCUGCAGUCUGCCCAGCAGGACACUUCUGUCCCCCGAAGACAGCCACGCCCCUGCCCUGUCCAGUGGGGACCUUGAACAGCCUUCCUGGUGCCCAGUCCUCCUCAGCCUGCGUGCCCUGUCCAGCUGGACUCUACUGCAGCACGGAGGGAGCCCAUGAGCCUCAUGGUGAAUGCCUUGCGGGUUAUUAUUGUCAAGGUGGGGCCACAUCCGCUGUGCCUCAGGGUUCUGCCAAGUUUCCCAGGAAUGGCCCCUGUCCGGAGGGUCACUACUGCCCUGCUGGAGCACCGUCCCCCCUGCCUUGUCCAGUGGGCACCAUCAGGAACUCCACAGGGGGGUCCUUCAUGGAGAGCUGCCUGCCCUGCCCUGCGGGUCACUACUGUGCCAGAGAAGGCCAGGCCUCCCCCAGUGGCACUUGUGCCGCUGGGUUCUACUGCCCUUCCACCUCCACAUCAAUCAGCCCCCAUGCCUUCCUGUGCCCCAAGGGUCACUACUGCCCCCCCGGCUCAGCUCACGCAGUCCCCUGCCCCACAGGAGAGUACCAGCCUAACCCUGGCUCAGACUACUGUGUACCCUGCCGGCCUGGCUUCUACUGUGAAGAGGCUGUCACUGGAGACCCCCAUUCCUGCCCGCCACACUCGUACUGUCCCGCUGCCACCCAGGUUCCUCAGCUCUGCCCCCGUGGGACAUUCACCCCCCCAGAGCAGGGGGGGCUGCAGGAGGAGCAGGAGUGCCUGCCCUGCCCCCCAGGGAGGUUCUGCAGGGGAGGCAGGAUCCAGGGGCGCUGCGCGGCGGGGUUCCUGUGUGUGUCGGGCAGCUCCGAGUUCACUCCGCAGGGCCCGGUGCUGCAGGACUGGAGCGGGUGCGAGGGGGGAGAGAGCUGUGCCAGCCCUUGCCCGGCAGGGUUCUAUUGUCCAGAGGGCUCCGAGCAGCCCCAGGCCUGUCCCUCCCACACUAUCAGAGCCUCCCCAGGGGCCAGCAGGAGAGAGGACUGCGUGCCCUGCCCAGCAAAACACUGGUGCAAAGAAGGGGACCCAACUCACUACCUGUGUCCUCCUGGUCACUACUGUGAUGAGCUGACCGGCAACAGCACUGAGGGAGCAGCAGGACCCAGAGAGUGUCCUCUCCACACCUACAGAGCUGCCCCUGGAGCGGGCAGCAGGGGGGAGUGCCAGCCCUGUCCUGCAGGCUACCACUGCGACUCCACAGGUCUGACAGACUACGCGGGACGUCCUUGCCCCCCAGGGUUCUGGUGCAGUGGGACGGGCUCUCCUGUUCCUUGCCCUGCUGGCACCAUGAGACCUCAGCCCGGCGGAGCCUCUCCCAGCCAGUGUGAACCCUGCCGGGCUGGUACUUACUGCCCUGACCCCGGCCAGACAGGACGGCCCAAUAUCUAUGGCACACCCUGCCGCCCUGCCUACCAGUGUCCACCAGGCUCCAUGAUGGAGACUCCAUGCAGGGCGGGGUCAUACUGCAGACCCCAGACGGGACUUCCUGCCAGCUGCCCAGGGGGCUACUUCUGUGCCGAAGGAUCAGAGACGUACGACACACCACAUCAGCAGUGCUUAUUUCCUUACUACUGCCCUGCAAACAGCUCUGCACCGCUGUCCUGCGAUGGCGGAUUCAUGCCGGUCAACGUCAGCGGUCCCAGAGACUCGCGGGACAAGAGCUGCAGGCCGUGCGAGGCCGGGACGUACCGCCCCAGUGUGGCCUCCCAGCUGGCCUGCUUGCCCUGCCCCUCUGGGUACCACUGUCCCGCAGGGACCGAGCUGUACCUCAGUAACCCUUGUCCUGUUGGGCACUACUGUCCCCUGGGGUCUGCUUUGCCGGUGCCCUGCCCUCCCGGUUCCUAUGGCAGCAUCACCCGAGCAAAGCAUCGUGGGGAGUGCAACCCUUGCCCCCCAGGCACCUUCAAUCACCUGUUUGCCCAGAAGGCCUGUUUCCCCUGUGGCAGCUCGUCCUUCUCACUCGCAGGGGCAGCCUCCUGUACCUGCCUGGGCCUGAACCGGGCCUUUCAGCAGUCCGACGGCACCUGCGUGUGCAGAACGGGCUUCGUCUUCUACAACGAGCUGGACCAGAAGAGCUCCUUCAGUGACAGCGAUCUGGACUGCCAGCCGGAGGUGAGCGAGCGCUGCAGGGCAGGGCAGGUGCGUCUGGCCGCGUCCCGCCAGUGCGUCUCCCCCGCGGAGUACCCCUGUGCCGCCGCCUGCGGGGCCGCUGGGGGCAGCCUCAGCGCGGAGCUCGGAGUCUGCCAUUGUAAGCAGUAUGUCUCUGCUGAAGAGCUUUGCGACGCCUCCUGUCUGUCCAGAGUGCCCCGAAUUUCUGCCAGUUUUGGAUCUGAUGGCCAGCUGGUCCUGAACAUUAGAGACAAGGAGACGAGAAACGCCUGGAGCAGACCUGUGGGGGAUGUCCUGAGCCCUGAUGUCCAAGUCCAGGCCAGUGACAAUGUCCACCUUGUUCAGUUCGGCCCUGAAGGCGUUUUCGGAUGGAUCUUGACAGACAGGAGCCUCGUAGACACAUUUCUUUCAGGACUGGGUCGGGCAAGCGAAGUCUCCGCUGACAGUAGAUUCAGGAAGAAAAGAGCUUCUAGUGGAGACAUGGAGACAAAUAGAACCUCCCUAUCCCGCAUUCCCAACCCCAUCGCCUGCAUCCAACCGGAUGACAUGCUGCUCUUUCAGUGCACCAUCAGCCACAGCAACCGUAGUCUGAGCCACUUUCCCGUGUACCAGAAAGAUCAUCUCUUCAGCAGCAAUCCUAGCUGGGACUUUGGUGCUUUUCGACGGCUCGAGCACCUGAUUAAGGAAACGCAGUUAAAUUCCUCCAGGUUUGCCCACGUGUUCUCGGAGGCCGGGAGGUACGUGUUCCUGGACAACGCGGUGCCGGAGCGCAGCCUCGUGGUGGUGGUGACCGAGCGCGGGGCGGAGUGCCACCCCAGGGCCGCGGCGUUCCAGCCCUCCUCCCCGGUGCAGCUCGUCAGGCACGGCGUUCUCAAGCGGCACCGGCUCAACCUGCAGCCGGACUGGAGCGCCAUCGCAGGUGUUCUCGGAUUCCUGGCCCUGGUGGUAGUUGUGCUGACCACGUCUGCCCUGGUUCUGAAGCCGGCUCACACCCACCUGAACCCGCUGAGGAAGUACAGACCCAAAUGGCGCAGCCUGGGAGAGCCCAGCAUUCCUGCUGGCUAUAUCUGCAGUGGGGGAAGCUGGGAGUCUCCUACCACUCCUGGCACCAGGGUUGUGGGAGAAGGAGCAGAGGCUGAGGAACCAGCGGUUUUUAAAGGAGAGGUGAGGAAGGGGCCCAGGGAGCUGGAGGAUUUCAACGUGAAGACCCUGUACGACAAACUGGAGGACCAGACCUUGUACCUGACCUCCCAGCUCUCCAAGCACCGCAGAGACACGCAAGAAUUCUACAAAAACAUCUGCCAGCAGAUCGACACCGCAAAGGAAAUAGUGGAGCACCUGAGCUCCACUGAACUGACCCAGCUGGGCAAGGCUCUUGGUGCUGGCUCACCUUCUGGAGAUGGUGUGAAGACAACUAAUCGCUCCAGCACAGAUCCAGAGGGGCAACCAUUAACAGAUUCCUCUGUGCAGCUGAUGGAGGCUGUGCUGAGGGCUCUGGAGGGCGUGGCUUUCAGAGUGGACUGUGAGAACACCCUCCUGCAGCACCUGACCAAGGAGCGAAGUCAGGCAGAGAGCAGGAACUGCAAGGCUUUCCAGGAGUCCCUGUACAAUUCCUCUCUAGACAUUUUUGACCCCAAAAGGACACCCGGUCCCGAACCGUUUCCCCCCAGUUCAGCAGGGCAGCUCCCGAGUGCAGCUCCCGGUGUGAGCGAGAGGGAUCUCGGUGACCUGCUGGCCCUGACCCCCCUCUCCAGGACCCUGCAGCAGAUACAGGAGUCCCUGCAGAGCUGCUCCUGUUUGGAGAAGGUUUUUCCAGCUCAGCCAGUGCCUGAGGUGCCCGGGGAGCCUACAGGGGCCGACCUGGUGCCUGCCGACGUGAGCGAACUUCCUCCCCGGCACUUUGCCGUCUUCUUGUUUGGGUGCCACGCGUUGCGCCUGCUGACCAGCACCUGCGGCUUCCCGCCGGUCACUCUGCUGCUGGCCCAGGCUGUCCCCAGCAGGACACGGGAGAGGCCCGGGCCGGAAAGUUACUGCUGCGGAGAUUUCUAUUACGACAGGCCCAACCAGAUCCUGUAUCUCCGCAAGGCCAAGCUGGACAGCGCUGGAGAAUUCAUCGCCAUCCUCCUGCACUCCAUGGCUUUCAUUGCUUCAGGCACAGAAACAAGAGAGUUUAUGAGAGCCUUUCACCAAGCUGUCUCUGCAAUAAGCACAGCUCUCUUCUACUCCCACUGCAACAUCACUGAGGAGACUACCAAACGAAACAAGCCGAGAGAAAAAUGGCACAGGGCAGCUCCCACAUUUAGGGAAGAUUUCUUUGCCAUGAAGGUGCCCCCUGACGCCCGGUUCACUCAAGAGCGCCUGGCAGAGAGAUUGAACAGGUUCAAGUGCUUCAGGCUGUAUCAGCACCUAAAAGACAUGAAGCAGGAUGCAGAGAAAGAAACCGUACCAGCACAGGGGGAUAAAGUGUUGCAGGCAGAGAGCAUCGAGCACGAGAUCGAUGGGCUGAACGAGCUCUUCCUGCAGGUCACCACUCAGCUCCAGAAACAAGUGGAGCACAGCAAACACCUGGAGGAACAGCUGCGAGACCAGGAGGAGCCCGCGCUGGGAGAGAUGGAAGAAGUGCUCAGGGCGCUGGCCAGCUCUAGGAGUGAGGCUCUGGUGCUGGAGAUGAAGAGGCGCUGCCUGUCUCAGCGGCUGGAGGAGGCGCACAGCAGGCUGGCGGAGAUCGGAGCUCAGCCGCACGACAAUUAGCAGGACUACAGCUGUUCAAUCAGAGUCUAUUUUGCUUAUUGCUGCGAUGAUAAAUGCAGUGUGCAAUCAUCAUCCAGGUGGGGCUGCACAUUGGUGGUGGUGGAGGGGAUCUCCAUUACCUGUAAAGUGCUUUGAGUGGAGU